CGUGGAAAUCUGAGCGGAAAACCGAAGCGCUGCCGUUUGUGAACAUACAUUUGCAUGAAAAGCCGCAAACCGGGCGGGAUGAAGCUGAACUUCAGAUUCAUAGCUGUAAACGCAUAAGCAUAUUGUGAGACUGCCAGUUUGAAAUACACUGGAGCCUUCGCACGGUUGUCGGCGUAUGAAUGAAAGGGAAGGGGCUCCGCUGCGCCGCCGGUCCUGCCGAGAAUGCGGUGGGGGGGACUGGGAGCUGCGCUCUCUCUCCUCUGCCUGCUCACUUUGAUCGUCCGCUGUCCGAAAACCGACUCAGCAGAUUUAAAGGAGUCGUGUUCGACGUGUAAACAAAUCACUGACAACUUCGCCAAGGGGUUUGAGAGAACAGCUAAGAAAAAUUUUGGAGGUGGAAACACUGCGUGGGAGGAGAGGAAACUGUCUAAAUAUGAGACAAGUGAGAUUCGCCUGAUGGAGAUUGUGGAGGGCUUGUGUGACAGCAGCUUUGAAUGUAAUCAUAUGGUAGAGGAGCAUGAGGACCGUCUGGAGACUUGGUGGUUCAAGAGGAAAACAAAGUAUCCUGAUCUUAAAUGGUUCUGCAUUGAAAGCAUUAAAGUGUGCUGCCCCAAUGGCACAUUUGGACCUGACUGCAAUGCAUGUAUUGGAGGCUCUGAGAGGCCAUGCCAUGGCAACGGUGUGUGCAAUGGCGAUGGAACCAGGACAGGUGAUGGUAGGUGCAGCUGUAACCAUGGCUACCAGGGAGCGCUCUGCCUGGAGUGCGUAGAUGGAUAUUUCAGCGAGGAGAGGAACGACACAUUCUCCCAGUGCACAGAGUGCCAUCCUGCUUGUGAAAUAUGUACCGGUCCUACCAGUCACCACUGCAAGAAGUGUAAACCUGGCUGGGAACAGGAUAAGGAGGAGGCAGCGUGUAACGAUGUGGAUGAGUGCUCCAGAGAACCCCCGCCAUGCAAGGGAGAUCAGUACUGUCUCAACACUGAGGGGUCGUACUUGUGCAAGGUCUGUGACAAGGCAUGCUCUGGCUGCAGGGGGGAGGGCCCUGAUCACUGUUUAACCUGCGCAGAUGGAUACAGCAAUGAGGGUGGCACCUGCACAGAUGUUGACGAGUGUGAGCUUUCAGAGUCUCCGUGCUCCUUAGAACACCAGCAGUGCGUGAACAGCCAGGGCAGCUACCGGUGCCUCUGUGCCGCUGGCUUUCAGGAUCGGGAUGGAGUCUGCGUGUUGCCGCCUGUUAAUGAGGAAGAUCCUGAAGUGUCUAACCCUGAAUCCAUGGACCCCCCAGCGGAGAGGCUCUCAGAUGAACAUGAGGAUCUGUGAUACCUGAUGGAUACCUGAUGGAGGGCUUUGAGAGGAUCACCUAGAUAACACCUAUAGGGACUUAAACCAUUGUCCCAUGUACUAUUGUAUUUCUUUAUUUCUACUGUCAAGGGUCAACUACUUUCUGCUCAUAAUUUUACAUUUUCAUUUGUGUUUGGUUACCUUCAGUAGUUUAAGACCAACCUUAAUACCUCUGAAACAUGGACAGCUGUCAGGAUGUAAGAAGUUGAGCAAUGUUUUGUAAGAGAUAAAAUGAUUAAAGCAAUGAUUUCACAGUGAAUUUAGACUGAUUUU